AAGUUGGCCAUUGGUGGUUCUGGUUACAAGGAUGUCCAGGAAUGGCAGUUCAUUGUUAUUCUCGGAUUCUGUUGUAAAUCGGAUGUCUACGAAGACGUUGUUGAUUCUUUGAGAACUAAUGGUAGACUUGAACUUAUGUCAACUAAUUCUAAAGGUGUUGGUGCUUAUGUAUCACCUGAUAUGAUGGUUGCUGAGUACUCAUUACGAGAGAAAUUACCUGCAAAUCAGUAUACAUGGUCAUCUCGAGGACCAAGUACUGAUGGAGCACUGGGAGUGAGUAUCAGCGCACCUGGUGGUGCUAUUGCUUCUGUCCCUAACUGGACAUUACGUGGUACACAACUCAUGAAUGGCACCUCCAUGUCUUCACCUAACGCUUGUGGUGGCAUUGCUUUAAUACUCUCAGGACUCAAAGCUAAUGAUAUACAUUAUACUGUUCACUCAGUCAAAAGAGCAUUAGAAAAUACAGCAGUGAAGGUGGAAAAUACACAUCUGUUUGCUCAAGGUCAUGGUAUUAUUCAGGUUGAUAAAGCCUAUGACUACCUCAUUCAGAAUAAAUCAUUUGUUAGCAACAUAGGCUUUACUAUUACUGUUGGAUACAAUCGUGGAAUCUACCUCAGAGAGCCUAUUCAAGUAGCUGCACCUUCAGACCAUGGUGUUGGAAUAGAACCUUUCUUUCCUGAGAAUACAGAAAAUAAUGAGAGGAUAUCGCUGCAGCUUCAUUUAGCUCUAACAUCAAAUGCUUCCUGGGUUCAGUAUCCUACUCACUUGGAGCUCAUGAAUCAGUGUAGACAUAUUAACGUGCGUGUGGAUCCACGUGGCCUACGAGAAGGAGUUCAUUAUACGGAGGUGUGUGGUUACGAAAUAACAAUGCCCAAUGCAGGACCUUUGUUCAGAGUUCCGAUAACUGUUGUUAUACCAACAAGGACAGAUGAAGCCUCACACUUUGAACUCAAAUUUACUGAUGUUCAUUUUAAACCUGGACAAAUUCAGAGACACUUCAUUGAAGUUCCAUCUGGAGCCACCUGGGCUGAAGUCACAGUCUGUUCAUCAUCACCUGAUGUAACUGCCAAGUUUAUUCUCCAUGCGAUUCAGUUAGUAAAGCAAAAGGCAUACCGAAACCAUGAGUUCUACAAGUUCUCUUCAAUACCAGAAAAAGGAUCAGUCACCGAAGCAUUUCCAGUAUUAGGGGGAAGAACAAUUGAAUUGUGUAUUGCCCGAUGGUGGGCAAGCCUCAGUGAUGUCAGUAUUGAUUAUUCCAUUUCUUUCCAUGGCAUAGUUUGCACUACAUCUCAGUUGAACAUUCAUGCUUCAGAAGGCAUAGUGCGUUUUGAUGUUCAGGCAACACUGAAAUACGAAGAUAUUUCACCUUCCAUAAAUCUCAAAUGCUGGGUUCAAACACUAAGACCACUGAGUGCUAAAAUAAAGCCUUUAGGAUCCCGAGACGUAUUGCCAAAUAAUCGACAAUUGUAUGAGAUGGUUUUGACAUACAAUUUUCAUCAACCCAAAAGUGGAGAAAUAACUCCAAGUUGUCCCUUGCUUUGUGAACUCUUAUAUGAAUCAGAAUUUGACAGUCAGUUAUGGAUUGUCUUUGACCAGAAUAAAAAACUUAUGGGAUCAGGUGAUGCUUAUCCUAACCAGUAUUCCCUGAAACUGGAGAAAGGAGAUUAUACCGUGCGGCUACAGAUCCGUCAUGAGCAGAGCAGUGAGCUGGAUCGCAUCAAAGACCUUCCAUUUAUUGUCUCUCACAGACUGUCUAGUGCACUGAGUUUAGAUAUAUAUGAUACCCACAGUCAGGCUCUCUUAGGGAAGAAGAAAGCAAACAGUAUAUCUCUGCCACCAAACUACACUCUGCCGUUCUUUGUUACAUCUUUGCCAGAUGACAAAGUACCUAAAGGAACAAGUCCUGGAUGCUAUCUUGCAGGAUCAUUGACACUUUCAAAGACCGAACUUGGAAAGAAAGCGGGGCAGCCUUCAGCAAAGCGACAAGGAAAGGUUAAAAAGGAUGUAAUUUCAGUUCAUUAUCAUUUGAUCCCAACCCCAAUAAAAAACAAGAAUGGAAGCAAGGAUAAAGAGAAGGAUUCAGAAAAAGAUCUAAAGGAUGAAUUUGCGGAAGCUUUAAGAGAUUUAAAGAUACAGUGGAUGACAAAGUUUGAUACCAGUGAGAUAUACAGUGAACUGAAAGAGACCUUCCCUAACCAUCUCCCCUUAUAUGUUGCAAGACUUCAUCAGCUGGAUUCUGAACAGGAGCGAAUGAAAUGUUUAAAUGAAAUAAUUGAAGCUUCUAAUACAGUGAUCUCUCAUAUCGACCAAACCGCCCUUGCUAUUUAUCUUGCUAUGAAGACAGAUCCCAGGCCUGAUGCUGCUACUAUAAAAAAUGAGAUGGAAAAGCAGAAAUCUACCUUAGUAGAUGCUCUUUGCCGGAAAGGAUGUGCAUUAUCAGAUCAACUUCUGCAGUUACAGGCCCAGGAAGGGGCUGCAUCAAAUGACACUGAAUGUAAAGAUGAUAGCCAAGAAGCCAUCUUGAAUACUCUGACAGAGACUUUCUGGGAAACUUCAAAAUGGACUGACCUGUCUGAUAGCAAGGUUUUGCUCUUUGCUUACAAGCAUGCACUGGUAAACAAAAUGUACGGCAGAGGUCUCAAAUUUGCAAAUAAACUUGCGGAGGAGAAACCCACCAAAGACAAUUUGAAAAACUGUAUACAGCUAAUGAGGCUACUUGGAUGGACUCACUGUGCGUCUUUUAGUGAAAACUGGCUUCCUGUGAUGUUCCCACCCGAUUAUUGUGUGUUUUAAAAUACUGCAGUUGUGAAUUCGAGAUGUUCUUUAUAUUGACUGAAUAUAAAAUCUGUGAACUUACUGGAUUGCAUGUUUUCAUCUAUUACUGAAUGCUUCACUUGUAUGUAUUAAUCAGAGGAUAAGGGGCUGCAGUAUAUUUGUGUAGUUUGGAUCCAGACAUGAAGAAGUCUAUUUAAACUGAAUUCUUAGUUCCUUGAGUAGUUCAUUUGCCUCAGAAGUGAAAAUUUAAACACAAAACCUAUUGCAUACAUCACAUUGCUGGCAAUGGAUGUUUGAGAACAGCCAGCACCAAAGUUUAGAAAAUGGAAAUGGAAUAGCUUCUUGCAUGUGUAUGUGGAUCUUAACUGUAAUUUUAAUCAUAAGGCUAUACAAGCUGUUAUUUUUACAAUGAGCAGGAUUUUAACAUGUUUAAACAUAAAUUUUCAAUAGUAUGAAGGCCUUAAAUGAAGCUACAACAAGGGUAGCUAAAAACUUAUUUAUUAGAUUUAAUAAUAACAGAACUUAAUUACCAGUAUCAUUUGCAAGAGUUUACAUUUUAUUAUUUUUUUUUUAAGAAUAACUUCCACACUCACUAACAAUGUGUUCUGAAUUACUGUUGCAAAGGUGCUCUGGAUAUCUUCAGUUUGGAGAUACUCACAAAUAUCCACAUGAUACAGAGUAUCGGUAAAAAAAUCGAUACAUGUAUAAAGUGUCAGUUAAUACUUAAUCAGGUAUUGUAAAACUUAUACAUAUAUGUUAAUAAUGUUUGAAAAACAAAACUGCAGAAUAAAUGUGCAGAUUUAAAUAUC